UUAUUUUGUACAUAGUUUCAUUACUUAAAUCAGAAUUUUCAGACUGUGUAUAUAGGUAGUGAUAACAAAUAUUCAAAUAAAGAUAGUUAUUUUUUUAAUGUUGGCGAUACGUACUCGGUGAACAACCUGUUGCAUAGGGCUGGGCAUGGCGGUAUAGUGAACAAAACUUACAAACAAGCUGUCAGAUGCGCUCGUGUGCAUUUUUAGCUGCGUGUUGUCGUUGUGUUAUGUGCGGCCUUAACGUAAAAGAAAUAUGAACGGAGUACAUAGGACGCCCCGCGAUGUGUUCCAGGAUACGGGCGUCGUGGUGCAGGAGGUGGACGAAGGUCAGCCAUGUUUGGACUGCAAGGAUGCGUGCCCCGGCUUCACGGCUCACACAUGGCGGAAGACGUGCAACAGCUGCAAGUGCCCGCGCGACUCGCACGACGUGUACCACGAGGAGUGGGUCAAUGUGCGCGACCGCCUGGGCUUCCGUCAGCCGGCCGACCCUCGCCGCCGCUCGUCGCGCGAGAGGAGCAUGAGCGAGGGCCUGUCGUGGUUCCCGCCGGGACUGUCGUCGCAGCAGAUUGAAGAGUACUUCAGUCACAUGCCGCCAUCCAAGGUGCCUUCUUUGGGGUCCCCGGGCGAGAAGUACAGGGACAAGCAGCUGAUGCACCAGCUUCCCAAGCAGGACCUGGCGCUGGCGUACUGCAAACACGUCGACGUGCAGCAUCACCCCAGCUACGAGGACUUCAUCAAUGCCAGGAACGAGAUUGCCCUUGAUAUUGGUUAUGUCACAGUCAACCAGCUGCAUAAUGUUAAAUGCCCACAGUGUCAGAAACCUGUUAUGGCUGGCCAAGUUGGCGUGGUGGCACCGAAGUUUGGUGAGCAAAUAAUGUGGCAUCCAGCAUGCUUUGUGUGCACAAAGUGCUCGGAGCUCCUUGUGGACCUCACGUACUGUGUGCAUGAUGACCUCCUCUAUUGUGAGCGACACUACGCAGAGCAACUGAAGCCGCGCUGUGCUUCUUGUGACGAGUUGAUUUUCAGCGGGGAGUACACGAAGGCGAUGUCCAAGGACUGGCACUCGGGCCACUUCUGCUGCUGGCAGUGCGACGAGUCGCUGACGGGCCAGCGCUACGUGCUGCGCGACGACCACCCGUACUGCAUCAAGUGCUACGAGUCGGUGUUCGCCAACGUCUGCGAGGAGUGCAACAAGACCAUCGGCAUCGACUCCAAAGACUUGUCAUACAAGGACAAGCAUUGGCACGAGGCAUGUUUCCUCUGUAACAAGUGCCGUGUUUCACUUGUUGACAAACAAUUUGGCUCGAAAGCUGACAAGAUCUAUUGCGGCAAUUGUUACGAUGCUCAGUUUGCUUCUCGCUGUGACGGUUGUGGCGAAAUAUUCAGAGCAGGAACGAAGAAGAUGGAAUACAAAACUCGCCAAUGGCACGAGAAAUGUUUUUGCUGUUGUGUGUGCAAAUCGGCAAUAGGUACGAAGAGCUUUAUUCCGCGUGAGCAAGAGAUCUACUGUGCUACUUGCUAUGAAGAAAAGUUUGCUACUCGUUGUGUAAAGUGCAAAAAGAUAAUUACAAGUGGGGGGGUGACCUACAAAAAUGAACCGUGGCAUCGUGAAUGUUUCACGUGUACCAACUGCAAUACAUCACUUGCUGGACAACGCUUCACCUCUCGUGAUGAGAAGCCAUAUUGCGCUGAAUGUUUCGGAGAGCUUUUUGCCAAGAGAUGCACAGCAUGCAGCAAGCCCAUUACAGGCAUUGGUGGCACACGUUUCAUCUCUUUUGAGGAUCGCCACUGGCACAAUGAUUGCUUUAUUUGCGCUCAAUGCAAGACGUCGCUCGUUGGUCGAGGAUUUAUUACAGAUGCAGAUGAUAUCAUCUGCCCAGAAUGUGCAAAGCAGAAACUGAUGUAAAAACAUAUAAACAAAACCUUUAUGUUUGUAGUUAAAUGAUUAUGACCAGCUGUUAGAAAUAUUUCUAAGUCAUAACAAAACUAUAGAUCCUACAAACACAUGUGCUUUAUUACAUUAUUAGAAACAUAGAACAUAUUCAGCUAUUUAAAAGAAUUUUAUAUAUAUGGACAGUGUUUUUGAUGAGCUUAAUGAGGGGAGUAAAUUGUAAAUUAAUACAAUAUUUUUUUUAAAUAAAUUGUUAUGGCAUAUUUUUGUUAAAGUAUGAAAUUUACUUUAGUUUAAUAAUGUGAACUUCUUCCCCUCUAACCGUCCAGUUAUCUGCCUUUGUCUCAUUCACCUGAGAAGUUACACUACUAAAUUAUUUAACUACUACAUAAACAGCACAAUUCAUUGCAGUCAUUUUCAAUCUUCCAUGUCAUUUUUAAUUUAGCAUAUGUGCAAUUCUGCUAAUUUUGUAGAUCAUGUGGCAUUCAUCAUUUUGAAAUCUUUUAUUAAGGUUUUUUUAACUUGCUUCUAUUUAUGUUUGUAAGCCAAGCCUUAAGGAAGUAAGAUACUCUACUUUAUUUAUCUGUAGUAGUUUUAAUAUUGAUUUUUAAUAGCUAGGUCCCUAAAGUGUUCUGUAUUUUCUGCUGGAUGAUGUAGAUAUUUACUACUAAGGCAAAACCUAUGAAUGUUAUUUGCUGCACGAGUUAAUAACAUUAGUGUAUUCUAUGGAUAGGGUUUCUAGAUAUUCUUAUUGCAUCUGAGGAAGAUACUUAAAAAUCUCACUGAAAUUGGAAAUGAUUUAAGUUGGCACCUACUUUAAACUGCUGAGUUUAUGCUUUAGAUAUGAGUGUACAGAAUAGCAACCCAUUUAGGUCAACAGUAACAAUAUUAUGCAGUAACAUAUUGGAUUUUAAUAAUUUUGGUUUAUUGGUUGGGUUCCAUAAUUCCUUCUUUAAAUAAAUUUGAUACCUGCAGUGUUUGAAUACUUGAGUGUGUUGAAAUGUUAGAAGCAAGUUGAUUUAUAAAAGUUUUGUACAUAAUAUACUUUAAGCUAUAGAUAUUCUGUUUUACAGUUUGAAUUUUAUCAUUUGUAAAAUUCAUUCCAUUUUUCAAGGUACACACACACAUGCUCAUUCACACUGUCUCAAUUCAUACACACAAAUACACACAUAGAUAUGCAUAGGUACUCACAUACUUAAAUACAUACACAUGUGUAGAUAUCUGAAUACAUGUACAUACACACACAUAUACAAAUGCACACACACACAUUUAUACAAAUGCACACACACAUUUAUACAAAUGCACACACACAUUUAUACAAAUGCACACACACAUUUAUACAAAUGCACACACACACACAUUUAUACAAAUGCACACACACACACAUUUAUACAAAUGCACACACACAUUUAUACAAAUGCACACACACAUUUAUACAAAUGCACACACACAUUUAUACAAAUGAACACACACACACACAUUUAUACAAAUGAACACACACACACAUUUAUACAAAUGAACACACACACACACAUUUAUACAAAUGAACACACACACACACAUUUAUACAAAUGAACACACACACACACAUUUAUACAAAUGAACACACACACAUACAUUUAUACAAAUGAACACACACACACACAUUUAUACAAAUGAACACACACACACAUUUAUACAAAUGAACACACACACACAUUUAUACAAAUGAACACACACACACAUUUAUACAAAUGAACACACACACACAUUUAUACAAAUGAACACACACACACAUUUAUACAAAUGAACACACACACACAUUUAUACAAAUGAACACACACACACAUUUAUACAAAUGAACACACACACACAUUUAUACAAAUGAACACACACACACAUUUAUACAAAUGAACACACACACACAUUUAUACAAAUGAACACACACACACAUUUAUACAAAUGAACACACACACAUUUAUACAAAUGAACACACACACAUUUAUACAAAUGAACACACACACAUUUAUACAAAUGCACGCACACACACACAAAUGUACGCACACACACAAAUGCAGGUUUAUUUUGCUGCUUAUUCUCACUCUGGUUUCUUUGUUCACAAUAUUUCAGAUCAUACUAUUUAAUAUCACCACAGAAGUACCUUUUUAAAUACUCAGUUAUAACUUCUGUUAAUUUUAAAAGGGAACUUAGGUCUUUAUUAUCAGCCAAAUACCAACAUUAUUUUAAUUCUAUCUCCUUUUAUGAAUCAAUUUGUUUGGCACAAAAAUUAUAUGAUCAAAAGUAUAUGUGUCAGUUUAUCAAAGAUAGUUUCCUUAAGAAGGGAGACAUAAUACAUGGUCAAAAAGCACCUAAAAUGUGAAUUAAUAAAAUAUAGUAACCCUGUCUAUAGAUGGAGUUUGUAUUUGUUGUAUAACGUCUUUAAAUAGACAUUAAUAUCUGUUUUAAAUGUGAUUUUGCAUAAACUUCAAGCUUAAAUGCUGGAUGUUGGUUCAUUACUUUUAAGUGUGUAUCUUUUGUGUCUUCAUGUAUGUUAAAUUAAAGUCGGUGCAGUAAUCAUUGCUAACACAUUUUGUCUAAUAUAGUUUUCACACAAGAUUUAUUUUGCAUGGUGGAAAAGUUUUGAUAGCUCAUUUACUAUUUUGAUGCCUUAAUUUCUAGAUUAACAUGAUGGAUUUACCAUAGAUACUGCUGCUGUUAAUGUGAAAUGUGUGAUGUCAUUUGUUUAAUAAGUAUUAUGUAGCUAUUAUAGUUGUUUAUACCAUAUGUAUUGUGUAUUGACUCCAAGAAGCUUGGAUUUAAUGUUCAUUAGAAACAAUAAAUAGUUUUCAAAAUAAAUAUUUUUUUUAUUUUUUUGGAACUGUGUUACUGUUUUGAUGAAGCUAAGCUUCUUUACUUAAAAUUACUAUGUUGACUGGCUUUUACAUUAUACUUUGUAAAGCUCACAACACAUUGGCUUUGAAAUACCCUAACUCGUAACAGCAUUGUUUAGUUGGCAUAACUUCAGUAUGAAAUGUUCCAUUGGAUCUUUAUUUUAAGCAUUAUAAGUAAUAUUUUAUUCAAUGUUAUAAAAAAAAGUGAUUUUUGUAAAGAAAGAAAUUACCUGAUACAGUUAUGGAAGUGUGUUUAAUUCUGUCAUUUAUAUGGCAUCGAUUGUGCUCUUUACAUUAAAAAAAAAAAUAUUUUCUUGAAAUAAAAGAAAAAAAUCACUUAAA